ACAAUAUUCCCAGUAAUAAAAAAUAAUGUAAAUGCCAUUGUACCAAGAGUACAUUAUGUACAUGUACUCUUGAUUGUUCUUGUUUGGAGUGGGUACAGUACCGGGUUGCAAUGGCAGAAACUUCAACGGAGGAAGCAAUUGUUGAGUGCAGUGCGCAGCAAAGAUGGCCUCAUGCAGCAGAACCAGCCUGUGCUAUCUGUGGAAAGUAUGGGGAAUACAUCUGCGACGCGACAGGAGAUGAUGUGUGUAGUUUGGAGUGUAAACACAAGAGCCUCUCCCGACAUGGUAUCACUCAACAGCCACCGGCUAGUACACCAGCUGUACAGCCACCGGAUAGUACACCAGCAGUGGAAAGUGCCGAGCUACAAUGCCCGGGAGCUUUUCUCAGCAAGCGGCAAAUUGAAGCGAUCAGGAGUGAGCUUCAACUAGACGUUGUUGGCAGGAAUAUUCCUCCGCCUUUUGUUGAGUUUUCGGACGCCGCUGAUAUUUUUCCAGAGAAGUUACUAGACAAUGUCAGGGAGGCUGGAAUAGAGUCGCCCACUCCAGUUCAAAUGCAAGCGUUGCCAUUGAUUCUGCAGGGUCGCCAUGUCUUAGCAGCAGCACCACCUGGUUCUGGGAAAACCGCUGCUUUCUUGCUGCCUCUUCUGGCGAGGAUCGCUAACGACAGUCGUGACACUGCAGCUGCUCGUGUGUUGGUGCUGGCCGGUACACGUGAACUGGCGCAGCAGCUGGAGGUGCAGACUAAACGCUUUGCCCAAGGUUUACCGAAUAUCCACACGGCUCUUGUGGUGGGAGGUCUUCCCACCAAGCCCCAGCUCUACCGUUUACGAACAGCAGCACAGGUUAUGAUUGCCACACCAGGGAAGCUACAUGAUCUGCUGAAGGACCACAUCAAAGAUGAAGAGUUCUUCUCCGACGUUCUGGCAGUUGUCCUCGAUGAAGCUGACAGGAUCAUGCAUAAGGAAUUUGAAGAUCAGGUUAUGCCUAUUCUGGAAUGUCUUCCGACCAACACUCAAAAACUGCUGUUCUCUGCUACUACCAAUGAAGACCUAAAGAAAAUCGCGUCUACCCUGCUGUCUGAUCCUGUCACGCUCACCGUCGGCCAGGCGAAUAUGCCGUCUCCUUCUGUCCGGCAUACUCUUAUUUGGAGAGAUGAGGCUGAAAAGAAAAGCCUUUUGUUUUUGAUACUCCGGGAUAAGACGCACUACACACCACCGGUGUUAAUAUUUGUGGAGAGGCAGCAAGGUGCAGACUUUCUGGCCGAUGCCAUUGUGAAGAAGUGCAACUUGACGGCCUGCUCUAUCCAUGCCGGCCUGGACCAGCCUACAAGAAGUAAACUGGUCGGUCAGUUUACUCGAGGGGAAUUCCCCAUACUGGUCUCCACGCCGCUGCUGGGACGUGGCAUUGACUGGCCUCAAGUCAAGCUGGUGAUCAACUUUGACAUGCCGAACAAGAUUGCAGAGUUCGUGCAUCAGACUGGACGCGCCGGUCGCAUGGGCUUGCGUGGCACUGCCAUCACGUUCAUCAACCGGAAGAGCGAGCGGCUGUUUGCCGACCUGGUCGCGCUCCUCGGCCCCACCACCCAGCUGCCACAGUCGGUGACGGCCGGAGUAACGGCAGCGGCUCGCCGACAACAUUACAUGACGACGACGACUGCUGCUGCAACACCGCACACCAUACCUGGCACAGGUGGCGGUAGUCGUGCAGGUGGUGGUGCUGCUGCCGGUGUCUCCAGCUCCGUGCACCCACUCUCCCCAGGUACACAGCAGCAGCAGACAACUAAGCGGAAAAGUGAAAAAGUUACUGUAGACAGCCUCCUGGAUGUUUUGAAAGGUGUUCACGGUACGAAGAAGAAGGGAAAGUACUGAGCCCAACUCCAAUUAUCGGUGGCAAGUGCCUCUGCUGUUGAUCGAACUUUUACAGAAAGAAUUCCUAUUUAUUCAUCACAGUGUGUGCUGUGAAUAUUAUGCUGUGAUUCGGUGCUGUGAUGUCCAACUCAGCCCAUGCUUCUCCGCAGCCGUAGGAGCCUACAUGUUAACCUACGUGUUUGGUUCGACCGUUUUGUCUGAUAGUCUCACCAGUAUCGUCCUCGACAUAACAUGUACAUCCGCCAACGUCCUUCACAGCUGAGGCUUUCAGCUCGUGCUUGUCUUGGUUGCGCUCACCUUCCCCUCCUUAUGUUACUUCUAUAGCUUAGAACCUUCCAAGUAAUAGCAAGAGUACAUAACCCCCAAGAGUGUGCAACUCCAGCUAUGGGGUCUGCGACGGCAGAACUUCACAUCACGUGAUGAACCCGUA